AUGCUCAAAAGGAUGAGGAUGGACGUAGAAGUUCCAGCAGUUCCAAGCGACACUGCACCUACUGUUCCCCCAACUAGGGGAAAGUCGCGUGCAACUACCGUCCAAGACGAGGAGGGGGAAGAGGCCGAAGAGAUGGCUGGCGACUUCGCGCCAGGAGGCGAUGCCGAUUACUUUGCGGAGGAAGAUGACGAGGGCCGCUUCUUUGGUGGCGGUUUGACGAAAGAGCAGAAAGACAUUCUCAACAUAUUCGACAAAGAUGGAGGAGAGGAAGCACGGGAAGACCUUGAGGAGUUGGCGCUGCCUGGUGUGCGUCGGCUGCUACUGCGGUUCGAACGAGCGGCGAAUAAAAACCAAGAUCAGCGGUCAAAGUACCCAGAUGAUCCCACAAAAUUCAUCGAUUCUGAGGCGGAUCUAGACGCCGCAAUUAAAGCCCUCCUACCCCUUGCUCAAGUUCCCCAUAUUGCCUAUUCAGAGCUAGUCAAAUCCGGUGCACUUGCGCGUCUUGUGGGACUGUUGAGUCAUGAGAAUGCUGACAUUGCAAUUGACAUUGUCGAAAUUGUGCACGAACUGACAGAUGAAGAAGUUGGGAAUGAGCUAGAGGAAGAUGAGGAGGCAGAAGGGACUAGGGAAGAGGCCCUGAAGAUGCUCAUUGAGGGCCUGAUGGAGAAUUCGGUGUCCGAGCUCCUCGUGGACAAUCUCAUUCGUCUAAAUGAGGACGAAGAGUCCGACAGACAAGGCGUAUUCCACAUCCUUGGUAUAUUCGAGAACAUUCUCGGAUUCAACGUUGAUUUUGCGCCACAACUUGUCGCAAAGACGAACAUUCUCAAAUGGCUACUCGAUAGGAUACAAUUAAAGGGACACAACGAGAAUCGCGGAUAUGCAGCAGAAUUGUUGUCAAUCUUACUACAGACCGAUCGAACAAAUCGUUUAGAGUUUGGGAAAAGAGAUGGCGUAGAGGUCAUUUUGAAAGUCUUGUCGCACUUCCGACGAAAAGAUCCCGUCGACCCGGAUGAGACCGAGUUCAUGGAGAACGUCUUUGACUCAUUAUGUUCGGCACUAGCUGAAGCGGAAAUCAAAAAGCUCUUCUUGGAUAGUGAGGGUGUAGAUUUGAUGGUGAUCAUGAUGAAAGAAAAAAUGCAAUCGCGAUCACGAUCCAUCAAAGUUCUAGAUUAUGCAAUGUCAGGAUCUGCAGGCACUGCAACUUGUGAGGUUUUCGUCGAGGCAUUAGGACUCAAGACACUGUUUUCUGCUUUCAUGGGCAAGAUCUCGAAAAAAAAGGCUCAUACAUCAACCCCCGCAUCGGAGGAUACGUCGCAUGCGCUAGGUAUCGUCGCGUCGCUCCUGUCCAACCUUCCGUCGGACUCGCCUGCGAGAGUAAGGCUAUUAGCGAAAUUUGUAGAGAAUAGCUAUGAGAAAACGGAGAAGUUGCUUGAGAUCAGAUAUUCUGCGCAAGGUCGCUUGAAGACAGUCGAAAAAGCAAUCGAAACAGAGAAGAAGGAAUUGCUUGAUGACAACCAAGAGCUUGGCCCUGAACAAGAAGACUUGUGGUACUUACAACGAUUAAACGGAGGAUUAUUCACAUUUCAGACUGUGGACUAUAUUCUUGCAUGGGUCGUCAUGGAAGACGAUGGAAUUCGAACGCAUGUACAAAAUAUGCUGGGCAGGAGAAAUCGAUCAUUACAAGACAUUGUUAACACGCUCCAAACCUACCAUGACAACAUUGAUGAGGAACCGAGUGGGCAAGACGAUGGUUCCCUAUCACGGAGAGAAAUCUUGCGAAACUUAAUUGCUUUCAUGAAGGGAUGUUGA